AUGAACAUCAAGCAGGUUAUUCAGGUGUUGAGCAGAGGAAAUCCAGUCCGAAAAAAAGUUCCCCGCCCCGACAUAUGGCCUGGCAAUGAUUUUAUCUCCAAUCUGACCAAAAGGCAGGUGCUGGUUUAUCAGAUGGUGAAGAGCGUAGAAGAAGCUUUGGAUAGUGUGGCUAAGAGGAGGUCCAUUCCCAUGGUUAAGCAUCAGGAGGGAACAAUCAUGAGCAAGAAGCCGGUUAAAGCUUCGGCAGUCGCGCAGGUAUCACAUGUACAUGAGAAUGAACGGUCACAUUCAAGUGCAGAUUCUGUGGAUUCCGAAGUUGAAUCGAAAUGCGUUGUUUGCUUGGGAAGCAGCGGUUGUCGGAUUGUUCGUGCAAGGACGAAACUAAUGAAUGUUCUGAUCGAGAAGGGGAAGCCUCAAGAAGCUCAGUUUAUUUUCAACAGCUUAGUGGAAGGACACAAACCAACUCUUGUGACCUACACAGCUCUUGUGUCGGCUUUAACCCGCCAGAAACGUUACAAGUCCAUUAUUCCGCUUAUCUCCAAAGUGGAAGAGAAUGAUUUGAAGCCUGAUUCGAUUCUCUUCAAUGCUAUUAUCAAUGCCUUUUCGGAGUCUGGGAAUGUGAAAGAAGCUAUGAAAAUCUUUCAGAAAAUGAAGAAGAGCGGAUGCAAGCCUACGAAACCGAAUGAUAGAACAUAUAAUAUUCUGAUUAGGGCACGGUGCAACAAGCUGAACAUAAAAGAAGCAUGGAAUGUGGUGUAUAGAAUGGUGGCGUCCGGUAUGCAACCCGAUGCUGUCACUUACAAUACAAUAGCAAGAGCCUAUGCUCAGACCGGGGAGACUUAUAGGGCAGAACAGAUGAUAUUCGAGAUGCAAAACAAUAAAGUGACUCCCAAUGUGCGUACUUGUGCUAUCAUUGUGACCGGAUAUUGUAAAGAAGGUAAUAUGACGGAAGCUUUGAGGUUCGUGUACCGGAUGAAGGAGCUAGGAGUGAAACCAAAUCUUGUUGUGUUCAACUCUCUGAUAAAAGGUUUUCUUGAUGCUACAGAUACCGACGGAGUUGGUGAAGCAUUGACACUGAUGGAAGAAUUCGGGGUCAAACCAGACGUUAUAACAUUUAGUACGAUUAUGAAUGCAUGGAGCUCAGCAGGGUUGAUGGACAAAUGUGAGGAGAUCUUCGAUGAUAUGGUGAAGGCCGGUAUAGAACCCAACGUCCACGCCUUUAGCAUCUUGGGGAAAGGUUAUAUUCGUGCCGGGGAGCCAGGGGAGGCCGAGUCACUUCUGAAGUCCAUGAGCAAGUUCGGUGUACAUCCAAAUGUAGUAAUCUUCACCACCAUCAUCAGUGGCUGGUGCACUGCCGGGAAAAUGGAGCAUGCAUCCAGAGUUUAUGAGAAAAUGUGCGAAACCGGUGUUUCUCCCAAUUUGACUACUUAUGAGACUUUGAUAUGGGGAUACAGGGAAGCAAAACAGCCUUGGAAAGCAGAAGAACUCCUGCAGGUUAUGGAAGAGAAGGGUAUUUCUGUCGAGAGGAGCACCAUACAGCUUGUUGCAGAUGCCUGCCGUGCAAUCGGUUUGCUAACCGAAGCAAGAAGAGUUCUAAAAGGUGUGGAUUGAGGAGUUGCAUCGAAUAAUAAAGAUGAGAUACCAGCCGAGGGUUUGGAGAAGAUGUAUAAAAAACAAAACCUCAGUGCUACUUAUUCUAAUGAUUUGCAGAUACCCAGAGUAGCCAUGACC